UUAUAUAUUGCCUUUCCUAUCUAUCUAUGUGUCUUCACCAUACAUUUCGCGCUCCGGUUCACUGCGCUGCGGCGCUCCAGUCCGACUCCAGCGGAGUCUCUACCUCGGGCUUUGUCACGUGCUGUGCCGCGCCAAUCCGCCCUCAGCUGCUACUCCAUCCCGAGCUUUGGCACGCGCUGCUGUUUUCAGUCCCAUUGUGAAGCUGAGGCUCUCAGUUUCCACUACAGGAGUACAUGGAUGUGUGAACUCGGCGCGCUGGGACAACUCUGUUUUAUUCUUUUCUUUUUUAAUCCCCGUUGAAGUGACUUCUUUAUUUCCUUUGAUUUUAUUUUGCUUACGGUGUGAAGAUGCUUCUAUUGUUUGAUGCACUGCUGUGUUUUUGAAACUCUCCGUUGCAGCGUCUCAAUCUCAGCUCGAGUAUCCCUUUCCAAAGUUUUGAAGUUGUUGUUCGCAUUUUGAGGAAAAAAAAAAAGUUUGUUUUUCGAAUCCGGGCCAUCAUGGCGAGGGGUGCACGGGACGUGUUGGAGGUGCGCGACCGUCUGCUUCCCCGGCGCACCCGUAGGAUUAGCUGGGGAGCGAGUGGCUGUUGGAGCGCCGCGCUUUACCUCGCACUGCUCUGCUGCUGUGCCUUCUGCGACGCCGACUCGGAGUUUUCCAUCUUGGAAGAGGCACAAGUUUUGGCGAAUCAGAUGAAGAAACUAGCGGCGGAGGAACUCGGCGUUUUCAACAUGCAGAGAAUAUUCAACUCCUUUGUGUACACUGAAAAAAAUUCCAAUGGGGAGACAGAAGUUCAGCAGCUGGCUAAAAAAAUCAGGGAAAAGUUUAACCGCUACCUUGAUGUGGUGAACCGUAACAAGCAGGUAGUAGAGGCAUCCUACACAGCCCACCUGACGUCCCCGUUGACUGCCAUCCAGGACUGCUGCACUAUCCCCCCCUCCAUGAUGGAAUUUGAUGGCAACUUCAACACGAAUGUUUCAAAAACUGUCAGCUGCGACAGACUGUCAACCACAGUGAACAGCCGGGCAUUUAAUCCAGGAAGGGACCUCAACUCAGUGCUUGCUGACAAUCUCAAAUCAAAUCCUGGGAUUAAGUGGCAGUAUUUCAGCUCAGAAGAAGGCAUCUUCACAGUGUUUCCUGCUCACAAGUUUCGUUGUAAAGGCACCUAUGAGCACCGCAGCAGGCCAGUAUAUGUAUCUGCAGUAAGGCCUCAGUCCAAGUAUAUUGUUGUUAUUGUCGACCACGGCAGUUCGGCUAGUGAAAAUCAGCUUCAGAUUGCUAAAGAUGCUGCCCAUGUCAUUCUGAAUGCUAUUGAUGAACAUGACAAAAUUUCUCUGUUGGCUGUAGCGGACACUGUGCGGACUUGCUCCUUAGACCAGUGUUACAAAACAUACCUCUCUCCAGCCACCAGCGAGACUAAACGCAAGAUGUCCACCUUUGUAAACAGCAUUAAAUCUUCUGACAGUCCCACUCAGCAUGCUGUUGGUUUCCAGAAGGCUUUUCAGCUCAUCAGAAACACGAACAAUGGGACUAGGCUUCAGUCAAAUAUAGACAUGGUGAUAGUGUACCUGUCAUCCGGUAGCACAUCACGGGACUCCUCAGAACAAGACAAGAAAGUGACGCUAGAUGUCAUCAGUGAGGAGAAUGGCUACUUGAACAACUCUGUCAUGAUUCUUACCUAUGCACUGAUGAAUGAGGGAGUAACUGGGUUAAAAGAACUGGCCUUCUUGAGGGACCUGGCUGAGCAGAACUCUGCAAAAUAUGGUGUCCCUGACCGCACUUCUUUACCAGUGGUCAAGGGCAGCAUGAUGGUCCUGAACCAGUUAAGCAACUUGGAAACAACAGUUGGCCGUUUCUACAUCAACUUGCCAAACAGAAUGAUUGACGUGGCCGUGUUCAGCCUGCCUUAUACUGAUGAGAUGGGAGAGGGCCUCAUAAUGACAGUCAGUCGACCAUGUUACUUUGGCAAUUUGCUUCUUGGAAUUGUGGGAGUUGAUGUCAACUUGGCCUAUAUUCUUGAAGAUGUAACAUACUACCAAGACUCCCUGGCAUCCUAUACUUUUCUGAUUGAUAACAAAGGUUAUACUCUAAUGCAUCCCUCACUCACAAGGCCUUACCUGCUGACUGAACCCCCUCUCCACACAGAUAUUAUCCACUAUGAGAAUAUACCUGGGUUUGAACUGGUGCGGCAGAAUAUCCUCAGCCUUCCCUUGGGCAGUCAGGUCAUUGCUGUACCAGUCAACUCAUCACUUUCAUGGCACCUCAACAGACUAAGAGACACAAGCAAAGAUGCUUAUAACGUCAGCUAUGCCUGGAAACUGGUUCAAGACACAUCUUUCAUUCUGUGUAUUGUGGUAGUACAGCCAGAAAUACCCGUGAAACACCUUAAGAAUCUCAACACAGUGCCAAGCAGCAAGUUGCUUUACCAUCGUCUGGAUCUGCUGGGUCAGCCCAGUGCAUGCUUGCAUUUUAAACAACUGGCGACUGUGGAGUCCCCCACAGUCAUGUUGUCUGCAGGAAGUUUCUCUUCACCAUAUGAACACCUCAGCCAGCCUGAAACAAAGCGCAUGGUGGAGCACUACACAGCAUAUCUCAGUGACAACACACGUCUCAUUGCUAAUCCUGGGCUCAAGUCUUCAGUAAGAAACGAAGUAAUGGCUACCAGUCACGUAAUCGAUGAAUGGAUGACUCAAAUGGAAAUGAGCAGCCUGAACAGCUACAUUGUACGUCGUUACAUAGCAACACCCAAUGGGGUGCUGAGGAUUUAUCCUGGGUCUCUCAUGGACAAAGCAUUUGAUCCUACAAGAAGACAAUGGUACCUACAUGCUGUUGCUAAUCCAGGCCUCAUUACUUUCACGGGCCCCUACCUGGAUGUAGGGGGAGCAGGAUAUGUUGUCACCAUUAGCCAUACUAUUCAUGCAUCCAGCUCCCAGAUGUCCUCAGGUUUUGCUGUUGCUGUGAUGGGCAUUGACUUUACCCUGCGUUACUUCUACAAAGUACUUCUGGACUUGCUCCCAGUCUGCCAUCAGGACAGAGGAAAUAAGAUAAGGUGUUUUAUUAUGGAGGAUCGGGGAUACUUGGUGGCUCACCCAACCCUUAUUGACCCCAAAGGUCAUGCACCAGUAGAGCAGCAGCAUAUAACACACAAGGAGCCUUUGGUUGCAAACGACAUCCUUAACCAUCCAAACUUCGUCAAAAAGAAACUGUGCAACAGCUUCAGUGACAGAACUGUGCAGCGUUUCUACAAGUUUAACACCAGCAUCACUGGAGACCUUACUAACUUGGUUCAUGGAAGUCACUGCUCUAAAUAUCGUCUGACCAGAAUCCCUGGCACUAAUGCUUUUGCUGGGAUAGUGAAUGAGACUUGUGAUUCCCUAGCAUUUUGUGCCUGCAGUAUGGUGGAUAGGCUAUGCCUUAAUUGCCACAGAAUGGAGCAAAAUGAAUGCGAGUGUCCGUGUGAGUGUCCACUGGAAGUGAAUGAAUGUACAGGCAACCUUACCAAUGCAGAGAACCGGAAUCCUAGCUGUGAAGUUCAUCAGGAGCCUUUAGCGCUAACAGUCAUUGAUCCAAGCCUACAGGACACCUUGCCUCAGUGCAUUAACACCAGAUGUAACCAGAGAUUUGUUAGCGGGGACUGUUUUGGAGUUCUGGACUGUGAGUGGUGCAUGGUGGACAGUGACAGUAAGACGCAUCUCGACAAGCCUUACUGUGCUCCUCAAAAAGAGUGUUUUGGUGGAAUUGUGGGAGCAAAGAGCCCGUACGUGGAUGACAUGGGUAUGUUAGGCGAUGAAGUGAUAACUCUGAACAUGAUUAAAAGUGCCCCAGUUGGACCAGUCGCAGGUGGAAUUAUGGGCUGUAUAAUGGUUCUGGUUCUUGCAGUCUAUGCAUACAGGCAUCAAAUCCAUCGCAGAAGCCAUCAGCACAUGUCCCCACUUGCUGCUCAAGAAAUAUCUGUGAGAAUGUCAAACUUGGAUAAUGAGCGUGAUGAGAGAGAUGAUGACAGCCAUGAAGACCGCGGAAUCAUCAGCAACACCAGAUUCAUAGCAGCCGUGAUAGAGAGACACACACACAGUCCAGAGCGCAGGAGGCGUUACUGGGGAAGAUCUGGAACGGAAAGUGAUCAUGGCUAUAGCACGAUGAGCCCCCAGGAGGACAGCGAAAACCCACCCUGCAACAACGACCCCCUGUCUGCGGGGGUAGAUGUUGGAAACCAUGAUGAAGACUUGGAUCUAGACACGCCGCCUCAGACGGCUGCUUUGCUGAGCCACAAGUUCCAUCCUUACCGGCACCCGCACCAUCACCCGUUGCACCACAGCCAUCACCUGCAGGCAGCUGUGACGGUGCACACCGUUGAUGCAGAGUGCUGAAGCCCUCCACUCAUCCAGAAACUGGAGAAACAUUGACCGGAGACAUUGAACGAUGGCUCACGACACAAGGAGCUUGAGCACUGAAUUUCCUCUGAACAGCGAGCAGAUGUCCGUCUUGAGGCGCACCGUAAGCCUCCUCGUCCGUCUUCUGCUCUUCUGUGUGUGAGCCAUCAAGACGCAGGGCCUGGCCAAAUGUACUGAAGUGUCUUAUCUGAAGCAACGACGGUGAGGGACUGAUCUGGACGUGGAAAAAAAAAGAACAAUGCAUCUCAGUUUUUCUUUUUUUAAUAAAAAAUUAUUUUUCUACUAUUUAUUUAACUAAAUCGAAAUAAUUUUAGCAAAUACAUUUGGACUGGGAUUUUUUUUUUAAAUAUAAACAAUCUUGCCAUUAUGGGUUUGCGUUUCUUUUCGCAAACAGGACUGAGUAAUGCACAAAGAUGGAAGUGGACCAGAACGAGCAGUUGCAUUUUAUUCCAUCGUGUUAUGAAGUUCUUGUAAACUUUUCUAAUUAUGUGGUACAUUUUAUUAUUGCGCCAGCCGAGAUUUUU